AUGCAGCAAGCUGAAGUCUCCACAGAAACGUCAAGCAAAGUCAUCACAUGCUGGGCAGCCAUUGCCUGGACAGCAAAUGCCCCAUUGUCCAUUGAGAAGGUUGAAGUUGAUCCACCAAAGCCUGGUGAAGUUCGAGUUCAGAUUAUAUCCUCUGGGCUCUGUGGCACAGAUAAGCACAUCCUGGAAGGGAAAAGCAGAGUACCACUCCCUGCAAUUUUGGGCCAUGAGGGAGCUGGCAUUGUAGAGAGUAUUGGAGAAGGUGUAACCAGUGUACAACCAGGAGAUAAAGUUCUAAUGUUCCCUGUUCCUGAAUGCAGAGAAUGUCGAUUUUGCUUGCACCCCAAGGGUAACAUGUGUUUGAAGGAAAAAGUCCUCUCUCCAACUGGAUUAAUGUUAGAUGGAACCAGCAGAUUUACUUGCAGAGGAAGGAAGAUUUAUAAUCUUUUUGGCAUAAGCACAUUCACUGAAUAUACCAUAGUGCAUGAGAUUGCAGUGGGGAAAAUCGAUGCUGCUGCUCCUAUGGAUAGGGUGUGCAUCAUGAGCUGUGCAGUGCCUACAGGCUUCGGAGCUGUGUUUAACACUGCAAGGGUCACCCCAGGUUCCACCUGUGUGGUUUUUGGACUUGGAGGAAUUGGCUCAGCUGUUGUCAUGGGCUGCAAAGCCUCUGGUGCUUCUAGGAUCAUCGGGGUUGACAUCAAUGAGAAGAAGUUUCCCCCGGCAAGAGCACUAGGAGUCACGGACACUCUCAACCCACGGAACCUCAAGAAACCUGUCCAGGAGGUGGUGAAGGAAAUGACAGGCGGUGGUGUUGACUUUGCCUUUGAAGCUGUUGGACUCACUGAUACCAUGGUUGCAGCUUUGGAAUCAUGCCACAUGAGCUAUGGAGUAUGUGUGAUUAUUGGAGAACCACCCUCAAAUUCACAGCUCUCCUUUGACCCAAUGCUGAUUCUCCCUGGGAGGACUCUGAAAGGUGGCAUUUUGGGAGAGUAUAAAACGAGAUCCUCUAUUCCUAAACUGGUAAUAGAUUAUAUGCAAAAAAAAUUUAACAUAGACCCACUUAUAACCCAUCAGUUGCCUUUUCAAAAAAUUAACAAGGCAUUUGAAUUGCUCCAUGGCGGACACUGCAUCCGCUGUGUCCUCUUGUUUUGAGAUCCAGAUCAUGAAGAUUGAAAAAUGAACAUCUCUU